UCUGUCGAGGAGCGCGAGAUGGAGCGAGCCUUCCUGGAGAGGGCCCCGAGCGACUCUUCCGUCUCCAGGGUGGAGAUCCCCAUUGAAACCAGUGCCUCGCCUUCAGGUUUCAGUGAGCCCAGCAUGGCAAACCCGUCGCGAAUGCAGAACGUGGUGCCUCGGCCUGGCUUCUCUGCCUUGCACCGCCUGAGGAAGAAGCGCAAGGGGCAGCGGGUGAAGGACCCGCUUGACGAGCUCCUCCUGAAGACGCUGGCCUCUCAGCGGGCCAUGGAGGAGCGCUUCUUGCAGCUGGAAGAGCGCCGCUUCCAGCGGGACACCGACAUGGAGGAGCGCCGGAUGCAGCUGGAGCAGCGGCGCUUUGAGCUGGAGCGGGAGCACGAGUUCCGCAUGUUCAGUGUCUUUGCUCAGAUGCUCAGCAUCCUCAAGCAGGGCCACAAUGGCUCUUCCUCAUCCCUGGCGGUGCCCCAGGGCCUGGACUUGGGCCAGGCUCUGUGUGAGCUUGCCGGGGGCGGCGGCGCCCGCGCGUUCCGCCGGAGCCCCUACCUCUCGGCCCGCGGCAACAUCGCCAGCGUCUUCCUCGGCUCCACGGAGGAGGGCUACACAGCUUACCACGCCGACAAGUAUGAUGAAGAGAAGAACCCCAACGGUAUAAUUAAUUUUGGCACUAGUGAGAAUAAACUCUGCUUUGACCUGAUGUCUAAACGGCUGACACAGGCUGAUAUGAAUCUCAUGGAGCCGCCGCUGCUUCAGUAUCCUGACUGGAAGGGACAUAUGUUUUUGCGGGAGGAAGUGGCUCGAUUUCUGACCUGCUACUGCAAGGCUCCUGCACCUCUGAAGGCAGAAAACGUGAUUGUACUGAAUGGUUGUGGCUCUCUGUUUUCUGCAUUAGCUACAGUCCUUUGUGAUCCAGGAGAGGCUGUUCUGAUUGCCACUCCCUUCUAUGGUGGCAUCACCCAGAGUGUGUUUCUGUAUGGGAACGUCAAGCUGGUGUAUGCCUAUUUAGACAGUAAGAUCACUGGAACCAGCACUCGGCCUUUUCAACUUACAGUGGACAAACUGGAAAAGGCCUUGCAGGAUGCCCGGGCAGAGGGUGUCACUGUAAGGGCCUUAAUUCUUCUGAAUCCCCAGAAUCCCCUAGGGGACAUCUACUCCUUGUCAGAGCUACAGGAUUACCUGGAAUUUGCUAAAAGGCAUGAAUUGCAUGUGAUAGUAGAUGAGAUCUACAUGCUGUCAGUGUUUGACGAAUCCACCACAUUUCACAGUGUCCUAGGCAUGGACAGAUUGCCCGACCCGCAGAGGACUCAUGUCAUGUGGGGAAUAAGCAAGGAUUUUGCUGUCUCUGGGAUUCGCUUUGGUACUUUAUACACCGAGAACCAAGAUGUUGCUAAUGCAGUGGCUUCUUUGUGUUAUUUCCAUGGAGUUUGUGGACCUGUCCAGCACAAGGUUGCACAGCUGCUUAGAGACAGAGACUGGAUCAACCAGGUGUACCUGAGGGCCAACCAUGCCCGCCUAAAAGCUGCCCAUACGUAUGUAACAGAUGAGCUGAAGACACUUGGGGUUCCUUUUCUCAACCGCAAUGCAGGCUUCUUUGUCUGGAUUGAUUUCCGAAAGUACCUUAGGACCGGAACGUUUGAGGAGGAGAUGCUGCUCUGGAGGCGUUUUCUUGACAACAAGGUCCUGCUAUCCUGCGGUAAAGCCUUUGAAUGCAGUGAACCUGGGUGGUUCCGCAUUAUCUUUGCUGACAAAAUUCAUCGACUGCAGUUAGGUAUGCAGUUGGAUGAGGCCAAGGAGCAGCCGUGUCAGUCGGAUCAAGAUGGCAAAGCAGACAGCACAGACGAGGUCAUUUUUGUAUCCCGCCACCAGGAGCCUUCCUGUGCUGGCAACUCCAACCUCGGUGACCUUAUCGGCCUCCUGCAGCAACAGAUGCGCUCAUCCGACUGGCUGCAGAAAAAUACAGCAGAGCAGUUUGCUCAGGAGAAGCCAGAGAUCUACGACGUUUUCAGCAAACUGGUGGGGAAACAGUAG